AUGUCAUAUGAUAAUAACAAAACACGAAUUCGGUAUUUGCCUUUUAUUCCAGAAUGGUCUUACAGUGGCGAAACAGUGCAAGUGAACUUUACGGGUGAUUAUUUGAUAUCUGGCGGUGGUCUGACAAACACGUACAAAGCAACAAUGCUUCAUUUUCACUGGGAUGGGAAUGGUGUACACGGCUCAGAACACACUUUAGACGAAGUUAGGUAUCCAAUCGAGAUGCAUUUGAUUGGAUACGAUUUCGAAAAAUAUGACGAUUUCGAUUCUGCACUCUCUCAUCCCGAAGGUAUAAUUGUCGUGGCAACGUUUUUAGAGAUUACCAGCGAAGAUAAUCCCAAUUACAGCGAAAUGUUCACAGGGUUUAACAGCGUUACAUACAAAGGGCAAUCUUAUCAGUACCCAUCACCAUUCCCAAUAUUACCGAUGUUGCCCUAUAACACGUGGGAUUUCUAUCGUUACCAUGGUUCACUUACGACACCUGCAUGUGACGAGGGCGUUCUAUGGACUGUAUUUGUCCAACUCUGCAAUAAAAUUCUGAGGCGUGAAAGAGUUAACAUGCGAAUCAUUGCAGCCGUUGGCAUGAUCACGUGCUUACCAUCGACGUGUAUCACAGUUAAAGCAUUGCAACUUGAAAAUUGCCACUACUGA